AUGAAGGUUCAUGCAAGCCUUUGGGAUGCGGAGAACUGGGCAACACAAGGUGGAAAAGUGAAAACAGACUGGUCCAAGGCUCCUUUCACUGCCUAUUACAGAAACUUCAAUGCACAGACUACCGAUUCUAAAGGAGCCAAGGGCUGGCUAACUCAAGGUCUUGACGUGAAAGGUAGAAAAUUGAUCCGAUGGGUGCAGAAGUAUUACAUGAUUUACAACUAUUGUACCGAUCAAGUCGCAAAUUCAGCCAUCGUGAAUGCAUGCGAUCUAGGUUCCUCUGAACACGAUUAA